AUGGCCUCAAAUCCUCAGAUCCGCUUACACAGUCAUGGCACAGUCAAGCCAACGGGAAUAAUACUACCAGAACCAUACUCAGUUUCUUACGAGUUUUUCAGGUCGUCACGAUCGAAAUCUAACAGUAACAAGGAGCCAGUGGUCGUAUCGAGGCCGAUUCCUUCAUGUCCCAACUCUAGUACGGUGGCGGAUUUCUCACAUCUUCGACGGCGAAGACCGCGUAGCGCCCACUACGACCCAAACACAAUCACCCUGACGGAGAAGCAGUUCCAGGACAUUCCUGAGCAAGACGUCAAUGAGACCUAUGAACGCCUUGAAAAACUUGGCGAAGGCAGUUAUGCUACUGUAUAUAAAUGUAAAUCGAAGAUUGACGGAACAAUAGUGGCGUUGAAAGAAAUCAAACUGCAAUUCCAAGAAGGCCUCCCAUUUACUGCUAUUAGAGAGGCUUCGUUACUUCGCACAUUACGUCAUGCUAACAUCGUGUGCCUUCAUGAUAUUUAUCAUCAACAUAAUCAAUUAACAUUUGUCUUUGAAUAUAUGAAAAUGGAUCUCAGCAAAUACCUCGAACAUCAUCCGACCGGUGUUGACUGUAUGCAAAUCAGGCUGUUUCUGUUCCAACUACUUAGAGGACUGGACUUCUGUCACAAGAAGAAGAUCCUGCACAGAGAUCUGAAGCCUCAAAACUUACUGCUCGAUGACAAUGGUGUUUUGAAGUUGGCUGAUUUCGGGUUAGCUCGAGCCAAAUCCGUCCCGAGUAGGACGUAUUCCCACGAAGUCGUUACCCUGUGGUAUCGACCGCCAGAUGUACUCCUCGGUAGUACCGAGUACUCAACAUCAUUAGAUAUGUGGGGGGUUGGGUGUAUUUUCGCGGAACUUUGCACGGGUCAAGCGAUUUUCCCCGGUACUAAAGAUGUGAUGGACCAACUGGACAAGAUAUUCAGUGUUCGAGGUGUGCCGAACGAAACAACUUGGCCUCAGGUAAAGAACCUACCUCAUUACGCGCCAAAUGCUUUCCCGUCGUACAAAGAGAUUCCGUUCAAGCAAGUGAACAUUCUGCUGACGAAACUGCAGAAAUCUGGAACGGAUUUGCUCGGGAUGUUGUUGCAGUUGAACCCCAGCGAACGCAUAUCAGCCAGCUGUGCCAUGCUUCAUCCAUAUUUUGCGGGUCUACCUCGAAAUAUUCACAUCUUGCCACCUACGUUGUCCAUUUUCACACUUCCCGAACUGCAGCAAUGGAUGCGAUGA